UUUCGUCGCGUCGUCUGAGUUAAACUGGGGUCAUUAAUACCGCACCCUUUUGAAAGCCACCCUCAGAUAGUUUGCGUUGACUUUGAUCAACAAACUUGGUUCCGUGGAAUUAUCUUUUCCUAUCUUUCUCCUUCCAGCAUCGACGACGGCCAAAGCCUAUCAUCAAAGCACGUUCGCUUAUGCAAGUUUCCUUGGUUUUCUACUUCUAAUUCGAGGACUUUGUUGGUUUUCAUCGCUUAUAGCCCUUUGUUGCUGAAAUUCUGCCUAUAUAAACUCGCUCUUCGAACCUACCUUCUCAAACAUCCCUCAUUCACCACGAACAAACAGUCUCACUAGACAACAUGAUCCAACCACCCGUACAGAUCCCUACCGAAUCUAUACCUCUCGAUGAUUCUAUGAUCGAGGAAACGCAACAAGCAACGCAGUCUACGCAACACGCGUCUCAACCGAAUCCUGCAAACACCAAUAGUCAUUUGUGGGGCUACCUUCAACCAUGCAACAACCUGCUCCGUCGCCUGGAUCUUUGGAAAGUUCAGCCUGCAGUUUCUGUAGGAAGAGCUCCCGACAACAAUAUCGUUCUCCCUGGGGGAAAAGUUAGUAACAAGCACUGCCGAAUCACCUGGGACGGAAGGGAGGACAAAAACUCUGCAGUGACCGUUCUAGACACUUCCAGCAAUGGCACUUGGAUCAACGGUGUCAAGAUUGGAAGGGACAAAACUGCAGUCCUCAAGGAAGGCAAUGAGAUUGCUUUCGGCUCUCCCCAUCCUCAACCCGGGGAGCUUGAAGACUAUCGAUUCAUUUACCGGCACACUGCUGCCGGUUCCCCGCGGGGCGGCCUUCAUGCUCAGUAUGACAUCAGCCAUGAGAUCGGCAAGGGGUCAUUUGCAACUGUCAUGAAGGCUGUGUCGCGUGCGACGGGCCAGUGGUAUGCUAUUAAGGUUAUUCAAGACCAUAAGGUCAAGCGUGCCACUGCUAACAGCAACGAAACGGCGUUUGCGCGAGAGAUCAGUAUCUUGGAACGGCUCCAUCAUCGAAAUAUUUGUCAGAUGAAGGAAGCCUUUUUCGAAGAUAAUAGUAUCAAUCUCGUCCUCGAAUUUGUCGAUGGAGGAGAUUUACUCGAUUACAUAUUAAAAGAGAAUGGUCUGAAGGAGCCGAUGGCUGUCCACAUAAUCGCGCAAGUUUGCGAUGCCCUUGCAUACAUCCAUAGCAAGGGGAUCGCACACCGUGACCUGAAGCCCGAGAACGUACUGCUUACUACGGACAACCCCCCCAUUGUCAAAGUUGCCGACUUCGGUCUCGCCAAGGUCGUCGAUAGUGUCACUUUCCUCAGAACUAUGUGCGGUACACCUGCAUAUCUCGCCCCCGAAGUUGUGACCCAGCAAAACCAGGAAGGCUACGAUCAUCUUGUCGACAGUUGGAGCGUUGGGGUGAUCGUAUUCUGCAUGUUUACAUUGUCGAGCCCCUUCAUUGAAGAUGAAAACCAGCGCGACAUCAAGGUGAGGAUCGCAGGACGCACAAUCCAAUGGAGCACUUUAGAUAAUAUAGACGUUUCUCCGCAAGCGAGGAACUUCAUUGAGAUGUUGCUCGAGCAUGACCCUAGGGAUCGUAUGUCUCUCAGCACAGCCUGCACUCACCCAUGGCUUGCCGACGUUCCAACGCUCUCCCAUCUUCAACAUCGUUCCAUUACUGAUUCUUCCGUCGCAUCUAUUCAAGAUGGCUCUUCCUCCAUCUCCUUGCUCGACUCCGAAGACACGGAGAUGACCGAUGGCUCAAGCGAACCCGCGGUAAGCGAGGGUUUCGAUAAGCUUCACCUGCGCCAACAGUCUGCCCGUGCACCCCUUCAACAGCGUGCGCAGGAAGUCGCCCAAGCUGCUGAGAACGAUCAACGCCUCAUGGAACCGAACUGGCAGAUGGUACAACAUGCACAAGAAAUUGCAAAUAGCGUGCGAAAUGGGAAGCGCAAGUUGGACCCACAAAAUCCUCUGCCAGAGAUGGACGUCGAGAAUGGGAAACCAAAAAAGUCAAAGCGAGUACCGGAGGCGAAUGGCCCGACUACGCGCACCAGAGCCGCAAAGGGGCGUAGCCGGGGAGGUGCGUCGUCUCCACUGGCGCGGUUGCAGGAAGCAGCGGUAGGGAUGAUCGUGGAGGAGGAGCAUCUAGAGGACGACGAGGAUGCGGAAGAAGCUGCUGGUGCUGCAUUCCAUGCUCCACCAAGAAAAUCUACUCGCGUAUCUCCCAAAAAGGGGACACGCCGGGGGUGAGAAGGUGAAUGUGUAUAAUAUCUUAUGCUUGGUUAUUGGAUUCCUCUUGUCCCAUUUGUAUUGUCAUCGCUUGACCUUUAUCCCCUCACACUCUCUCUAUGUAACCUUGAUAACUCACAGUCGUUAAUUUACUGCUAUAUUCUAUCGAUAUCCAUUCAUUUGCUAUGGGAAUGCUAUUGAAAUUUGUGUUUCGUCUU